UCACUUUGUGUUUAGCUGUUGAACAAUGGCUGGAAUUUGGUGUUUGGCUCAGAUUUUGGUGGUCUGUGCUUUCUGUCAUGCUGUCCCACAGUGGAGUCAAUCGCUUCAGGAUACUCAAGCUCUGAUGAUCCAGCAAACUGACCAGCAGUUUCAGCUCCAGAAGCCAGUUCAACAGCUAACUAACCAGCAGUUUCCGUUUCAGAAGCCAGUUCCACAACAACCUAAGCAGCAAUUUCCAUUUCAGAAGCCAGUUCCACAACAACCUAAGCCGCAGUUUCCGCUUCAGAAGCCAGUUCCACAACAACCUAAGCCGCAGUUUCCGCUUCAGAAGCCAGUUCCACAACAACCUAAGCCGCAGUUUCCGCUUCAGAAGCCAGUUCCACAACAACCUAAGCCGCAGUUUCCGCUUCAGAAGCCAGUUCCACAACAACCUAAGCUGCAGUUUCCGCUUCAGAAGCCAGUUCCACAACAACCUAAGCUGCAGUUUCCGCUUCAGAAGCCAGUUCCACAACAACCUAAGCCGCAGUUUCCGCUUCAGAAGCCAGUUCCACAACAACCUAAGCCGCAGUUUCCGCUUCAGAAGCCAGUUCCACAACCAAAGCCGCAGUUUCCAAUUGAGAAGCCAGUUCAACUUGAUAAAUGUGCUGUAGCUGAUUCUGAGCAGAUCCAAUGUGGUCUACCUGGGAUCAGUGGUGCUGAGUGUGAAGCUAUCAACUGCUGCUUUAAUGGACAGCAGUGUUUCUAUGGGAGGGCAGUGACUGUCCAGUGUAUUAGAGAUGGUCAGUUUGUGGUAGUGGUGUCUCGAGACGUUACCUUGCCUCGACUGAGUCUGGAUUCUGUUCAACUACUGGGUGGAAACGACCCACCUUGUGCUCCUGUGGGGUCUACACCUUCCUUUGCUAUAUACCAGUUUCCUGUGACUGCAUGUGGCACGAGCGUGAUGGAGGACGGUGGAUAUGUGGUGUAUGAAAACCAAAUGACCUCAUCGUAUGAAGUGGGGAUUGGACCAUAUGGUUCCAUCACAAGGGACAGUCAUUUUGAGUUUCUCUUCCAGUGUAGAUAUUCGGGAACUUCUGUGGAAGCUCUGGUUGUGGAGGUCAACUCUGUUCCUCCACCUCCACCAGUAGCCGCUCCUGGACCUCUCAGGGUGGAGCUCAGACUGGCCAAUGGCCAAUGUGUCACCAAAGGCUGUGCUGAAGGGGAUGAGGCUUACACUUCCUACUACAGUGACGCUGAUUAUCCCAUCACAAAAGUCCUGCGAGAGCCUGUGUAUGUUGAGGUUCACAUUAUGGAGAGGACUGACCCCAACAUUGUCCUGAUGCUGGGACGUUGUUGGACUACUUCAACCCCCAGUCCACUCAGUCUCCCCCAGUGGGACCUUCUGAUCGACGGAUGCCCUUACCAGGACGACCGCUAUCUUACCACAAUGGUUCCAGUGACUGGAUCGUCUGGUCUUCAGUUCCCAAACCACUACAAGCGCUUUGUUGUGAAGAUGUUCACAUUUGUAGAUCCAGCCUCACUGGCUGCUCUGCAGGAAACCGUCUUCAUCCACUGCAGUACAGAGGUGUGCCAUCCAUCAUCUGGCUCUUGUGAGCAAAGCUGCACCAGGAAACGAAGAGAAACUCGUAUCAAGGCUGUCUCUGGGGAGCAGACUGUGGUUUCUAGUGGAGAAGUUACUCUGGUCAUGUAAAUCUAGUGUUUUUAAUAAACCGUGCAGAACCGAGGUA